CUGCUUCCACACUAAAAGCAGGAACUGUAUAUAUGUGUGUGUGUGUAUAUAUGUAUGUGUAUAUGUGAGUGUGUGUGUGAGUGUGUGUGUGAGCGCCGCUAGAGUCAAACCUGAAGCGCUAAGCUCCAUUCACAAGGCUUUUGUCUAACGCCUAUAAAUGUGGAUCAAAUAACGUGAUCCAGUUGUUUAUUUACAGGCGCAUUCGAGCAUUUUACAGUUUUUAGUGUUUCCCGGAAUGAGCGGAUCCUGGCAUGAUGGGUCUGCUGUUACCAGCCAGUGUGUUGAAGUGAGCUGUCCUCUCCUUCCACUGUAAACUCCUCCCCCUGGGGUUAAACCCCUCCUCCCAUCCAGCCAGGGAGCACCAGCAGUCAUGGCAGGUGUGAAGCGUGGCUAUGACGGCAAGAUUGCCGGACUGUAUGACCUGGACAAGACGUUGGGGCGUGGGCAUUUUGCUGUGGUAAAGCUAGCACGCCACGUCUUCACUGGUGAGAAAGUGGCAGUGAAGGUCAUCGACAAGACGAAGCUGGACUCGGUUGCCACAGGACAUCUGUUCCAGGAGGUGCGCUGCAUGAAGCUGGUGCAGCACCCUAACAUUGUGCGCCUCUAUGAAGUUAUCGACACACAAAGCAAGCUGUACCUGAUCCUGGAGCUAGGGGAUGGAGGUGACAUGUUUGACUACAUCAUGAAGCAUGAGGAGGGCCUUAACGAGGAACUAGCUAAGAAAUACUUUGCCCAGAUUGUCCAUGCAAUUUCUUACUGCCACCGGCUGCAUGUGGUGCAUCGUGAUUUGAAGCCUGAAAAUGUGGUAUUUUUCGAGAAGCAGGGUCUCGUUAAGCUUACUGACUUCGGCUUUAGUAAUAAAUUUCAGCCUGGGAAGAAGCUGACCACCAGCUGCGGCUCUUUGGCGUACUCGGCUCCAGAGAUCCUGCUGGGGGAUGAGUAUGACGCCCCUGCAGUAGAUAUCUGGAGCCUAGGAGUGAUACUCUUCAUGCUGGUUUGUGGUCAGCCUCCUUUCCAGGAAGCCAACGACAGUGAAACCCUCACCAUGAUCAUGGACUGUAAAUACACCGUACCUACCCAUGUCUCCAAUGCCUGCAAGGAUCUGAUCAAUCGGAUGCUGCAGAGGGACCCCAAGCGCCGUGCCUCACUGGAGGAGAUUGAGAGCCAUGCGUGGCUACAGGGAGUGGAUCCGUCCCCAGCCACCAAGUUCAGCACACCUUUGGUGUCCCACAAGAACCUUUCUGAGGAAGAACACAACUCCAUCAUCCAGCGCAUGGUGCAUGGAGACAUUGCAGACCGAGAAACUAUCAUUGAAGCCCUAGAAACUAACAAGUAUAACCACAUCACGGCUACCUACUUCCUGCUGGCAGAGCGGAUCCUACGGGAGAAGCAGGAGAAGGAGGUGCAGCCCCGAUCCUCCAGCCCCAGCAACAUCAAAGCUCAUUUCAGGCAGUCAUGGCCGACUAAAAAUGACAUGCACCAAGACAUUGAGGACAGCCUGGCUGCUUCCUCAAUCUCACACGCAGGGGGGCCACAGUCUCCAGCCCGGAGCACUGAGAACCUGCUGAAUGGUCACCGGAACAAAGGGCUUCUGGAUCUGGGCCGCCGAGAAGAGAGUAGCGAGGCCUGUAGCACUGCCGUUUACCCUGGCCAGAUGACUUCUCUCACCCAAAGCCCCCUCAAACCCAGCAGCACAUCAUCUGCCUCGGCCAAGCAGCGAACAUGUCUUUUCCGUGUUGAGGAGGAUGAGGAGGAAGAAGACGAGCAGGAGCCAUCACCGCUCCCCACACAGGUGAUCCUACGCCACAAGCCGCCAUCCGUCACUAACCGGCUGACUUCACGCAAGAGUGCACCAGUGCUCAACCAAAUAUAUGAAGAGGAAGGUGAGUCCGAUGACGAUGAUUUCAACAUGGACGAGAGUCUGCCACCCAAGCUGAGCCGCCUCAAGAUGAACAUGACAUCGCCCGGCACAACACAAAAGCGUUUCCAUCGCCGCAAGAGCCAGGGCCGUGGCUCCAGCUGCUCCAGUUCGGAGACCAGCGACGACGACUCUGAGAGCCACCGUCGUCGCCUCGACAAAGAGCCAGUCUUCACAUACAACUGGCACCGUAGGGACAGCAGUGAGGGGCCACCAGGAAAUUCUGGGGGCAAUGGAGGGGGUGGCAGCAGUGGCGGACAGAGCAAACCUUCGGGGGAGGGGAACUCGGGACCAGACAGGGGCAGCAGUAAUGGCGGAAGUGGUGGAAGUGGAAACACAGGAGAGGGAGGGGGUUCUAAAGGACAGGGAAGUCCCUCCAGCUGUUCCAAUGGCAAUAGCAACCCUGCUUCAGGCUCCACACGCACUGCACCACGGAGCACAGGAGAACUGAUGGAGAGCUUCAAGCUCAUGAGUCUCUGCUUAAGCUCCCAGUUGCAGCAUCGCCGAUCAGGAGGAGGGGGACGCCUCAUCGUGGAUCCACAGAGUCUGUCCAGUGUGAGAGUGCAAGAAAAAUCCUCAUGGAAGAUGUGCAUCGGCUCGAACAGCAGCCUGGAAAAGACUCUUAAUGUGGGUGGCGGAUUAAUGGACCGUUACCAGGACCAAACAGCAGCCAUGCUGAAUGAACUUGCCCUGGCCAAGGAGAACAACCUAAACUUGAAAUCCAACGUUCUUCAGCUACCUCUGUGUGAGAAAACCAUCUCAGUAAACAUCCAGAGGAGCCCCAGGGACGGGCUGCUUUGUGCGUCGGCCCAGGCCAGCUGCUGCCAGGUCAUAUGAUGGUGGAUCACAUGAUCAGACCUCAUAGUCAAUUUGCUCCCAUUGCUGCAUUUGUAGCAUAAUAACACAUUCAGAUCUCCCGUAGCUUUGUGAGAUCUUUCCCAACCUUCUGUCGUCUUAACUGUUCUUACAAAUUAUUUAUUUUUCUUAGACCUGUUAGGUUUAAUGAGGUGCACACUGCUAGCUUGUUUGUUUUCUGACUUUUUGUGGGGUUCUCCUUUUUAGUCCCCCUUUACUGUUUUUCAUUUGCUUUCCAUCCCUUUUUUUGUUUGUUUUUUGUUGUUUUAUAUCUCCUGAAGUGAUAAGCUCUUAAGAUGGUUUACAUGGUUUUGGCCAGUUAAUCAAACAGAACUGUAGAAUUUUAUUUAAUGAUAAAAUUGAUUAUUUAAUAAAGACAAAUAAAUAUGACCAAUAGUGAAACAGAGAAGCACCUGCCAGGUUGUAUGAGCACUACACAACUUUAGCCAUAAUAAGUGCAACAAUUAGAGUCCUAGUGGAUUUAUUUAGUGGAUUCAAACAGAAUUUGAGGGAAACCGCUUUUAUGGUUAAUGGCCAUUUCUGAUGUCUUAAAAUAAUUGACCAAUUUAUAAUUCCACAGAAAAUCAAUGUAUGUUUCUAAUUGUUGUUUAAUAAAUGACACAUAUAUUGAACUAUCGUUAGCAGAUUCAAAAGAAUUCCUAGCAACAUUUAAAAAUUGUUUAAAUGUUUUUAAAAAUAUUGUUAAACAUUUCCCUCAAACAGGAAACGACUGUCAGCAAAUUAACCUAUUAAAAGUACAUUCAUGUACUAUAGCUUUUGAUUCAAUUCUAUUUUUUACUUUAAUAUUACUUUUCAGAUAAAUAAACCCUAUGUUUCCACCACAGCCUCAACUAAUUAUCGAAAACAAAUUUGUAUGAUACACUGAACGUUCUCUGGUAAAUUAACUGCCAUUUUUAAUCCAACAUGCCCAUAUUCCGAUAAUGAGGAGUCCUGGUAGAGCAGCAGCAGGAAUGAAUGCUGGAGCUUUGCUGCAUCCACCAUAUUGAUCUUUUAACGAAAACCAUUAAAACAUUUUGGUCAUGUUCUCUAGUCUAGAAUUAGCACGCUGGUUUAAUUCUGUUAAGAGAUUAAGGCCUUAAUAAUAUUAAUAAUAAUAAUAAUAAUAAUAAUAAUAAUAAUAAUAAUAAUAAUAAUAACAAUAAUAAUAUCUUUACACUAGUAAAUGAAUUCCUAUAUACUGCUGAGCUCCAGAUCCCAGUCCAACUGUUCUGACCUCACUCACUCUGUCUGUUGUUCGUAAACACUUCAGUUACUGUAACUACCAGUCUCUAAAAAAGACUGGCUUCAGAUGCCUAUAGGGUAUGUAAAUAAGUUUUUAAAAGUUUUAUCUUUUUGUCCUGAAGGACUGCUGUUUUAACAUGCUGUGUUGAAUACAGGCAUCGAGCUGGCUUUCUAGUUAAAGCCAUGCUGAUUUUUCACCUGGCUCUAAAUCCCACGUACAGCUGAAGCCACGAUGAGAUACACGAGCACUCAUUCAGGCAAUAGAUGAUAAAGGAACAGGCUUUUCAGUGACCAUCUUUGAGCCACUGUAAACAGUUGUACGGCAUCCAGGCUGAAGCAUUAAAGUUGGAGAUAUUUUAAGGGCAUUGGCAAUAAGCUAUAAGUUGCAGCUAUCUGUAAAUAUACAUAUUUUUUCUUUUAUAUGUACAGCCGUAGAAUGGCUCACUUGGCCAAAAAAAAAGAGAGAAUUAUCUUGCGUAUUUUUUGUUUUCAUUUUUAAACAAUAGGGUCUGUAAAUAAAGAUGUAAAUACAGUGCACACUCUCUGUAAAACCGCAGCGUCAGCCGUCUGGUUCGUAGCUGUAACAUAGCUUUACUAGUCGUGAGUGUCCUCCAGUAAGUUUAGCAAUGUUGAAAAAGAAAACAGUGCUAUAUUCAUGAUGUUGGUCUCAGACUUUGUCCUGCGCCGAUGUAAACAGGUAAAAUGAUAAUGUGCAUGUGUUGAAUGUUCAACAUAAUUGAUCCAUGGACAUCGAAAAGGAAAAGAACUGCCACAAAAUGUUACUGGACCAAAUUGUAUACUGACUUCUUCUAAAGAAAAACAACAGUAAAGAAGCAAAAUGAUUCAAUGUUCUGUUGUUGAAACUUGUCCUCAAGUUAUAUAUAGUUAUGGUAAUGUCCAAAAAUUAAAUGUUGUGGAAGAUGUCUUUAAA